ACCAAUUCGAAACUCGGUCCCAAACUCGCUCCUGCAUUGACGCGCCCGUCACGUGCAACCGACUCCCAUGCUGUUCCAGGCUUCCAGCUCGACUGUCAACAACGACGUCAGUUCAACUACUACACGUCAAGUCAACAUCCACGAUAUACCUUCAUCUGCACUCUAGUAUCGCAUCAAUUUUAUUAUUCGUGCAUCCCUUCUUCAUAUCACGCGGGUGCGCUGUUGUUUCGACGCCCAAUCAAGAAAACACGCCCCUUCCUCUCGUUGCUGACUUCUCGUAACCUCUAGCUCACUCUACAAGUACAUAAUUUGCCCAGUCAUUGCCUUGCGAGGAGGUCUAGGAGCUCUCUUUCGCUGACGAUCCUUAUCACACGCCGACGUGCUUACACAGCGACAUGAAGAGUCGACUUUGCUUCUACUUGCUCUGGUUAGCCCACGGAGUGCACAGUAGCAAAAUAUCGCCCGAGCACACGCAGAAAAGCGUCGGCACGGCUCUCACGCACGCAGCACGAAAUCCGCAAUGGCCAGUGCAGCACAAUGAAACGCUUGAAUGUUUCCAGGUUACUCAUCCCAUUGAAACGCAUCUGGGUCUCGCCGUAGGAGAUCAGGUUGUGCGAGGGCCAGGCGAGGGCGGUAUUCGCCCUUCUUGCACUCAACAAUUGGUCAGGCACACAUUUGGCAACAGCUAUGGCCAGCCAUUUGUCGGGAAGUUCAUGCCGCCCGCAUGCGACUUUGACAAGGCCUUUAUCAAUGUCACAAUCACCUCGCAAGGCCACCAAUUUGAUCGCCUCGCGACCCUGUGGCUUGGAGACAUUGAGGUCUGGAGGACCUCGACCGCCGAGCCAACGCCGCAGCCUGGUAUAGCCUGGCAUUUUCUCAAAGACAUGACGCCAUAUGACGCCCUUUGGAGGGAACCUCAGACUGUCAUCUUUGACCUGGGAAAUUUGGUCAACGAUCUCUACACGGGUCUUUACGACGUGACCAUCGAUGUGACAUUUUUCGAGGCAGGUGUCGACCACGUGCAACGCAGACACCGUCCAGCUGACUAUAUCCUACCCCUGUCAGCCAAAAGAAGUAAGCAAGGCCAGGCCAGUACCUUCGUCUUCCCUGGGACAAGCACUGCGGCGGUCGUCAAGCUUCCCCCAAAGAUUGGCGGGGCGAUCCUGACUGUGGCCGCCACGGGCCAAGCCGGGGAAGAAUUUUGGUGGUCCAACGUGCCCGAGCGCGCCGCGGAUUCCUUUCCAUCCUCCAAUGCUGCCAGAUUGCCCGCGAUGGGAAGCAUGAGAGAGGUUCGCAUAUACAUUGACGGCCAGGUGGCCGGCCUUGCUUGGCCCUUCCCCGUGGUCUUCACUGGAGGCAUAGCACCACCUUUGCAUCGACCGAUGGUGGGACUCCAAGCUUUUGAUAUGAAGGAGUAUGAAAUGGACAUCACGCCAUGGUUGGGGUACCUAUCUGAUGGCGGCGAACACACCAUCUCAUUUGAGGUGUUUGGAGUCAAUGACAGCCACAAGGCGAAUCCGGUUUUCGCCCAUGUGGGAUCCAACUGGGUUCUAUCCGGCAAAAUCUUUGCCUGGCUAGGCAACACCGAACUCAAGCCAACGCAGGCGCCCAAGGUGGAGAUAUCAGAGAUAGACUGGAUCUCCGAGGUAGAUGUCCUGGAUUCUACUGCGAUAGACUACAGACAGUCGGCUGGUCGACAGAUCAAUGUCGAGGGUGUGGUUGCGUCCAUCCACGAUGAGGCUCACACCGCCAAUUGGACGCAGACAUUCAGCAUGGUCAACAACGGCAAAAUGCGCAACUCUGCCUACUGGCACCAUGUCAAUGCCCACUACACUGGUACGAGUGUAGCAUACCAUGGCUCGACCCCAAGACUAGCAUCCCGCUUCGCCUAUCCUAUAAGCACCACAUACGAAUACAAAGCGCCUCAGGGGCCGAAUACGCUAGAGUUGGAAGCCUAUCUCGAGCAAGGCAUGGACCUUCGCGUUACAAUGGACUCACCCUUCGCCACUGGAAUGGAAGCCUUUCUGGACAAGCGACGCUCCUCGUCUGGUGCGGCGCUUAGUGCUACACAGAUUGGUCAUGCCUUAUUCACACAAGGCCCAGAUGGCAGUCAUGGAUCAGGAAGCACGAGCCAGAGGUACCAGCUAUCUGCAAUAGAUCAGCCCACCGGCGACGACAUCAUUGGCAGACCGGCAGCCACCUUGUACCGACGCGCCGUGUCCGUCGUGAAUGAGACCAUCACCCAUGACCGGCAGCGGAUCGCGGAUUCCAAACGCAAAGUGCUAACACCAGCGAGAGGGCAUCUGCACAGCACCACCGUAACCAAACACUCGGCGGAGUUUGCGCCGUUCCCGCUCAUGCGGUUCGGAGGCACAAACGUCUUCCACAGAGGCAACGGUGAUGCACCGGCGAGCCGGAUUGCCGGUGGGCUCAUUGAUCAACCAUCAGAGUCUAAGUGGAAGGCCCUCCUCCAUCAUGCGAACAGGCUACUGUGGAACUGGUGAUGGUAGCCAUAGGGAACUUCUGCGAGUCCAAUGAUCCGCAUCGAGUUGUCGCUUUUGGAAUUGCGGCUCAACACCGUGCAACUCUAAUUUGCAGUGGUCGCGUUCCUGGAUUCAGAUAGCGGCAGUUUGCCUUCCGCAACUAACCCACAGACAGGGGACC